CAGCCCAGGCUUCGCCGCUCUCGAGACAACAUCAAGGACGACAAUCCGUCCCCUUGACACUCUCUCCUUUGUAAAUUUUCCUUCAACACCACACAACACUAUGGGGGUCGCGAAACUCGAAUUUAACGUCGCCACCGGCCUGUACACGGCGGGCGGAGAGGAGAUCGCUCGCGCCGUCCGUCGUGCCCUGUCACACCCUACCACUGUCGCCUUCGUCAAGCGCGCUGUUGGCAAUGGCGAAGCUGAGGGCGAGCAUGUCGAGAUGCCUGUAUGGGGUAUGGUCCUCUUGGGUGUGAGCUUCUAUGCGGCCAUCAUCGCCAUGAGCCUGUUAUCUUACAUGCUCAAGGAAGUCGUCGCUACACUCUGCAUGGUCGAAACCCCACACGCCGCUAUCACUAUUUCCCCUUCCGAGGAGCCCGCCACCAAAGAUGAGAAGGAGGGCCUCCUCGAGACUGGUCCUACCAUCACCCUCGUCCGCCAAAAGCCCAUUACCUCGAGCAUCCGCAGCACCAUCAAGCAUGUUGUCGCCCACGCUGGCCGCUUCGCUCGCUUCAGGGGCUUCAAGAUCCACGCCUUGUACUCCCUAGUCUUCGCCCUCGCUGUCCACUUCUUCUCGGCCUUUUUCUUCUCACUCUUCCGUCUCCCUGGCCAAGCCAUUCUCGUCAGCGGUCUUGCCGGCGCAACUGUCGCCAACGUACACGCCGCAUGGACCCACAAGGUUGUGUCCAUGCCAUCUGAGGCAACCUUCUGGCAGCGCGUGCCCAGCAAGUCCCACUGGAAGACCCUCGCCCCUGCGGCCGCCGUCUCCACCGCUAUGCCCUACAUCAGCCUGUACCUGACCGGUGGCGUCGCGAUCCUCCUCGGCCUGCACAAGCUCGACCAGGACAACCUCGAGCAGUACACCAAGGGCCAGUGGAUGUGCCUCGCCGUCCGCGUCUUCGCUACCAUUGUCUUUGCCAUCUUCACCACCCUCUUCCUCUGCAUCCCCGCCGUUGUUACCCAGGUCCGCAUCGAGUCCUCCAUCCUGCCCGAGGACCAGGACACCAUUGUCCCCUUCGACCGCACCUUCGGUGGCAAGGUCGUCAGCCAGAUGCUCGGUGGAACCGGCAAGAUCGGCUUCCUUGACGCGUGGCGCAGCUUCAACUGGGAGGCUCGUCGCCGCCUGUUGAAAUUGUACGUCAAGAUCGGUGCGAUCAUGAUGUUCGCCAUGUUCGUUAUCGGCCACGUUCUUGCGUUCGAGGUUUUCGCCGUCAUGGGUCCUCAGCUCGGAGAAUUUCUUGCUAAGGCUAGGCAUGAGGGUUUCGUGCACCAGAACUAGACAUUAUACAUCGUCUUGAUCAGUCUGGCUGUAUGGUUUGGCAUUGAGCGACGGUUCUCUUUUGGUAUGAUUUGAGUGAUGUAUUGCAUGUAAUUGACUAUAUACUCCCUGACUACACAGUCCUUUCUUUGUAUACCACUUCCCCUUCCGUAGAUAGUUGCAAGUUUGAAUGAAAGUGU